AUGACCACGACACCGGCGUCACCCAUGCUGGGCAGAGACUACUUCAUGAUUAACCCAGAACUGGAAGGAGAUUCCGCGCAUAUUUUGGGCCUCAUGGAUGCCAAUGAGAGGAAGGGAUUUGCAUCAAACAUCCGUAUGUCGUCGCCGUUCGCCUUGGGGCUCAAUGCUCUCGCAGCAGGCGAAGAGACGGUUGCGAGGCACAAGAAAAGGAAGCUUGAAACUGAGCAAGAGCAGGUGGUAUGCAAGCAAGAGACUGGUCCAAACGUCGACAAUGCUCAAGAUGAUAUCCCUUCGAUACCUAGGUUCAGAAAGCGAACCACGAAAGCCACGAUCGCAUCGCCGCGCAGAAUUCCAACUACUCCGAUGCCACUGCUUGAGUAUAUCACAAAGGCACCGACUGAGACGUAUGCUACCUACUCGGACCUAGUCCGGGAGAAUGAUGAUUUGAAAGAGAAGCUCGACAAAUUUGCUCUGCACAAUCAGAUGUUCUCGGAGGAAAUCAUGCGCCUACGGAGCUGGGAAGCAGAAGUCACAAAGUGGCUCAAGGAAGCUCCGGAAUUCCCCAAGACGGUUUGA